AUGGUCUCCGUGGAAGAUGACAUGGUCUUGUACCCGUGCAUGCGUGCUAUGUGCAUGGGGUGGUCUUGGGCUCUGUACUUUGCGCAGGAGGCCGUGUCGGCUAUGACAGAGCGGGCGCUGCGCUCGCCGUCUCUGCCGACGCCUGCCAUGGUGGGGGAGCACCUUCCCGCCCCCGACUUGAGAGAGUCCAAGGUCAUGGGCAGCGUCUACGUGGACAACAUCACCGUCUUCGGCAGGGGCGCCUCUCUAGCCCGUGAGGCAAGCUCCGCCCUACAGGCUGAAGCUGAUCGAUCUGGAUUGCCUAUCACGUGGUCCUAUCCUGAUGUGGUGACCCACCUCGAGACCGUGGGCGUUGAGAUCGACCUCAAGAAGGGGAAGCUUCGCAACAAGGCCUCCCGAGUGUGGCGCUUUGACUUGGCCACCCGCGCCCUCCUGCGUCGUGGCAAGAUGCGGGGGGGGCACAUGGAGGUCUGGCUAGGCCACGCUGUGUCGCUGCUGAUACUGGCCAGGCCGGGGCACGCCGCGCUCUCAGCCACGUACCGGUUUGCCGAGGUCAUGCACGAGAUGAGUCUGGUCGCCGGACUGGUCUGGCUCGCGGAGGUCGACCUAGCUGCGCCCUACGUGCCGCACGUCUACGCCAGCGACUCCGCCGACAACGGGCACGGCCUGAUGUACAAAAGGGCCUCGGACGAGGAGAUGCAGUCAGCCUUCCGCUGGAAGGAGAAGUGGAGCUUCAAGCAGCACCUCCGAGGCCCCCGCGUUGGCCUGACCUCGGCCGCUGAUGUCGCUGAGAUGGGCGGCUACAGGGAGGUGGACGAGGCGCAGCUGGAUUACGAGGUGGAGCCCCGUUGCCGCUCCGCCGAGCCGAGCGCUGGCUCUGCCCCUGCCACGGCCUUUGGCCAGUGGCUGCAGAGCAGGGCGGAGGGGGGCUCUGCCUCCGCCGGGUCUCACCGGCCUCGCCAUCGCCGUCUGCGGCGGCGCCCAGUCGACCCUGGGGACCCCGACGCCGAGUGCCUCAUCCAGGCGGGCCCCCUGGCGCCGCCGCUGCCUGCCUCCUGGUUCGACCCGGAAGGCUUCAAACUGGUCGCGGCGAGGCGCUGGCGCUGGCCUGGAGAGCACAUCAAUGUGAAGGAGACCCGCGCUGCGGUGAUGGGGCUGCGGCAUGCCUGUCGCGUCCGCCAGAAUUGCGGACGCCGCCUAGUUUCUCUCGUGGACUCCAUGGCAUGUGUUGGCUGCCCGGACAAAGGGCGGCCCAGCCGCUCAGCAGUUCUGAACGCGCAAUGCCGGCGAGCUGCGGCCUACGCCAUCGGCUGUAGAGUGCGUUGGAGGCUGCGGUAUGUCAACACGAAGUUUAACGGCUUCUUGGAGCUGUUCUCGGGCGAGGGUGGGCUCUCCAGGGCGUUCGAGGAGCUCGGCUUGUCAACUUACCCCUGCAUGGACAUCAAAGAUUGGGCUCACCACGACCUGCUGGACCCGAAGGUCCAGAACAUCAUCUUAGAGGCAUGGGCCCUGGCCGCAGGCAUGUCGGCACCCGCGGUGGCCCGCGACGGCCCCGACGCACCUGACGGCGGGGACCUGGAGGCCCAGCUUCGCGAUGCUGCGCGACGGCCGGCUUCGCGCGCCCGCGAGCGCCUCCGACCAGCUCGGCAGCGGCUUCAAGCGGAGCCUGACCUCGGGCUCGCUGGCGCCGCCGACUCGGACGGUCUCGAGAGCAGGUAUGAGCACCUGCGGCCUUUCAUC